AUGGCUACCCCCAGUGUCCUCGGUUUUGACGCUAAGGGUCGGGCCAUCGACUUUGACGUCUGGGUAGAUGACCUGCAGCUUUUCCUACUGUGCGAUAGGGCAGACAGUCUCUCCCUCUUUGACCUCAAUUCUGGUGCCUCGCCUGCCCCUGCUGCUGAUGCUGACGCCACUGUUCGCUCACAGUGGGCCACACGCGAUGCUGCUGCACGUCUUGCUGUGCGUCGCCACUUGCCUACCUCCGAGCGUGCACACUUUAGUCAGUACAAGAGUGCUAAAACCUUGUACGACGCUGUAGUUGCACGCUACUCUUCCCCUGCCACUGCUGCACUUAGCCGCCUCAUCCUGCCGUACCUCUUCCCUGACCUCACAGCUUUUCCCACAGUCGCUGACCUCAUUACGCACCUUCGCACUAGUGACAUUCGUUACCGCGCUGCCCUUCCCGCUGAGUUCAGCGCCAAGAACCCACCCCCUAUGUACAUCACCCUCUACUACAUAGUCACCCGGCUCCCUGACACCCUUCACCCGGUCACGGACCACUUUCUCUUUGUUUGCCCCACCACCCUCACCGUUGACCUCCUCAAGGAGCGCCUCCUAGCAGCAGAGAAGAGCAUAGUCGCUGUAGGAGCCUCUUGUGGUGACCCUAGUGCCCCUGUCUUUGAGGGGUGCUCCCCCUCUCCUCUCUUGCCCUCUAUUGCCUCUGCUGCUGCGGCCGACCUCGUUGGGGCGCUGGAGGAGCUUGCGGGGGCGGUGGAGGCGGCGGUGGAGGCGGCGGAGGGGGUGGGGGUGGCGGUGGGGGUGGUGGCUGGGGUGGGGGCGUCGGUGGCGGCAGUGGAGGCGGAGGCGGCGGCGGUGGUGGCGGUGGGAGCGGAGGUGGCGGAGGUGGCGGCGGUGGAGGAGGCGGCGACCGCGCGGGUGUGUCCCAGGUAG